AUUUCUUCCUUUGACUAAAAUGUUCUCACGCAGUAGACAUUUCAUUUACCCCAAUUCUCACUUCCACUCUCUUUUCUCUGUUUCUCUCUGUCUGUCUUGGAAGCCAUGACCAGCUCUUCUUCCCCUUCACGCAAGGCUCUAAGCAAGAUCGCCUGCAAUCGGCUCCAGAAAGAGCUAGUGGAGUGGCAGGUUAAUCCUCCUGCAGGAUUUAAACACAAAGUUACUGAUAAUCUUCAGAGAUGGGUGAUCGAAGUCAACGGAGCUCCAGGGACUCUGUACGCAAAUGAAACCUACCAGCUUCAGGUUGAUUUUCCUGAGCAUUACCCUAUGGAGGCACCACAGGUGAUUUUUCUGCCCCCAGCUCCUCUGCACCCGCACAUUUAUAGCAACGGCCAUAUCUGUUUAGAUAUCUUGUAUGAUUCAUGGUCUCCAGCCAUGACCGUCAGUUCCAUCUGUAUCAGCAUUCUAUCCAUGUUAUCAAGUUCAACUGUUAAGCAACGACCAGCGGACAAUGAUCGUUAUGUGAAGAACUGUAGGAAUGGUAGAUCUCCCAAGGAGACAAGAUGGUGGUUCCAUGAUGAUAAAGUGUAAUGGUAUUGGAUAAUCUAAUACCUACGUAUAAAAACGAGGGUUUGGGGAAUUGAUCAGGGAUGGUGGAAAGUCGUGUUCCCCUGAAAGCACCGACAACCCUUAACAUUUUUCACAGUUGUGUAUGAUGUAUUGCAUACAGAUUAAUGGUAUUUAAGUGGGUGGCCUUUGGUAACAAAGUGCUUAAAUACAAUAGUAAAAUAGUAUAUGGGCAAAUAAUGUCUUCGCCUUGUGAGAAAAGAUUGGUAUUUCUUGGAAUCAUGCUGGAGCUCGAGGAAUUUGGAUAGGUAAAUGAGAGGGGGCUCUGGGUCCUAAGAUGGGCGGGCAGGUGGGCCUUGUAUCCCACUGCUCAAUCUGUCUGAGCACCUUCGGACCUUAAGUCCCCUUUCUUAUUCCUUGUCCGAGCCCGAAUCUCCAAUUCCUAGGGAAUCCGAUCCUGUGAGAAGUACUUAGUGGCAACAAUAUUUUCAUUUUCUUCAUUCUCUUGUAAUUAUAUAUAUCAGUGACCUUAAACCCUCUCCAUUGUUUU